AUGAGGGAGCUGAACUCUGUCCAGUGUGUCUCCGGUUCCAGCUGCGCCAUGAGGGCCAAAGCCUCGGACAUGCACAGCAAGGACUGUGUCAAAGUGGCUGUCAGAGUGCGGCCGUUCAACAAGAGAGAGAGGGAUGCAGGCAGCCGUUGUAUCAUCUCUCUGGUGUCGACCUCCAUUAGUAUCCAGGAUCCAGGCGACUGCCACAACCGGCGGUCCUUCUGCUUCGAUUAUGCGUACUGGUCCCACAGCGGCUUCACGAGAGACCAGACUGGUCUCUUUGUCCCUAAAGAACUGGGGGGCCGAUACGCUGACCAGCACAGCGUGUUCCAGGACCUCGGAGUGGGAAUACUGGAGAACGCGCUUCAGGGUUACAACGCCACGCUCCUAGCAUACGGACAGACCGGAUCAGGGAAGAGUUACUCGAUGGUGGGCUACGGGCCCAAUAAAGGCCUGGUUCCUAAGCUGUGUGACCGGCUGUUUGAGGCGAUGAGAGAACACCAAGAAAACAGACAAUGUCAGGUCUUUUUCAGUAUGUUGGAAAUCUAUAAUGAGCAGGUGGUCGACCUUUUGUCUCGGGGGUCUCGGUCUGCAGCUGGACUUAGAGUGAGAGAGGAGCUGCAAAGAGGCUUUUAUGUUGAGGGUCUCCGUAAAAUCCCCUGUGAGAAUGCUCUGCAGGUGGAGCAGCUGAUGGAGCAGGGAACCAGGACUCGAACCACCGCUGCCACUCAAAUGAACGCCAACAGCAGCCGCUCACACAUGCUCAUUAUCCUGCAGCUCAAACAGAUCUUCUCUAAAGAGAGCAUCACGAAGCAGUCCAACAUCAACCUGGUGGACCUGGCUGGCAGCGAGCGCCAGAGGUCUUCAGGUUCUGAAGCUGACAGACUCAAAGAGGGAACAGCCAUAAACCUGAGCCUCACCACGCUGGGCAAUGUCAUCAGCGCCCUGGCAGAUAUUGCAGUGGGGAAGAAGGUGGUUCAUAUUCCCUACAGAGACUCGGUUCUCACCAAGCUGCUGCAGUCUGCGCUGGGAGGAAACAGUCGCACCGUCAUGAUUGCCACUCUGAGUCCAGCAGAUAUCUGCUAUGAGGAGUCUCUCUCCACCCUGCGCUAUGCUGAAAGGGCAAAACGAAUCCAAAACAGGGCAGUGGUGAAUGAGAGCCCCACUGAACGCCUUGUUAAAGAGUUAAAGGCUGAAAAUGCCCGACUGCUGCAGAAACUGAGCCGGAUGGACCAGGAGGGGCGCAGAGCCACAGAUGAGUCCAAGGAACUUCGUCAGCUGUUGACCCAGAAUGAGCUCCAGAUCAGAGCCAUUCAGACUCUGUGGGAACAACACCUGCAGGAGGCGCUCAAAGACUGGGAGCAGCAGUAUGCCAACAUCACACAGGAGAGGAGGAUGAUGCAGAUGUAUCCUUACAUCCUGAACAUCAACGAGGACGCUCAGCUGUCAGGGGUGGUGAAGCUUUUCAUCCAGGAGGGCGAGUGGGGCAUCGGACUCUGUGACUCUGCCCCUAGAUCCAUUUCUAUCAAGGGCUUAGGUAUCCAGGAUCAUCAUGCGGUGUUCAGGAAUGAACAGCGGCGGGUAACACUGACUCCACUGACGGGGUCAAAGGUUAUUGUUAAUGGGAACGCCGUGUAUGAGACAGCAGAGCUGCAACACCUGGAUCGUCUCAUUCUGGGCUCGAAUUGUACCUACCUGUUCGUUGGUUAUCCAUCUGAGAGGGGUGGGGAAGACUGGGGUCGCUACGACUAUGACUACUUCCAGUCAGAGCUGGCUGCUGCUGAGGGCAUCCACCUGAGUGAGUCCAGCACCGGCUGUAGCCAGACAGAUCCCAGUCUGUUAGCGGUCUUCUACGACUACAUUCAGCUGAUGCCCAUGGUGGCCGAGGCCAACCAGAUGAGUCAGGAACUGAGCAAGGGAGUUGAGUUUAAGCUGGAAAUCAAAAAUCUGGCCCUGUCGGAUUCUCGAGGUCACGAUCUGCAGAAAGACACUGUUGUCAGAGUGACCGCUGCAGGAAGUAAACAGGCUAGUGUUGCUCAAGGUGCCUCUCUCCUUUCUUUGUACCAGAAAGAUGUUUCUGAAUGAUUUCAGUUGUGACGCAUGUUUUGCAGGUCU